CUCCAGCAACCUCCGUUGUUUUUCGCAAUCCUCUCGGGCUCUCUGGAGACAGUGCGAGUUUUCCUUGAGGAAGGCGCCUCAUUUGACGUGGCAGAUGCCGUAAGUGAGAAAAUUAGCAUAAUGGCCCUGCACACGCGCACACAGGGAGAGCGAGCGACUCACGCUAAUAUCCACCAAUAUGCUCUUUCGCGUUCAUCUAACGGUGAAACUCCUGCACACAUUGCGGCAAAGGUUAACAACCUGGAGAUAGCCGAAUUCGUGUCCACUAUCGGUGUGGACCUCAAUCACGUUAAUAAUAUGGGAGAGACAGCUUUGCAUGUUGCUUGUCGUCUGGAGAAUCUUAACAGCGUUAUAGCACUGUCAGCUGCCGGAGUCAACCAAAACGCGGUAUCUGGUACCGGGAAUAUGCCACUGCACUUUGCCUGUGCAAACGGCGAUCACCAGAUGGCCGAAUUACUGUGCGAGCACGGGGCGGCACUCAAUGUCCACAAUCACGAACUGCUCAGCCCCCUUCAUCUGGCGGCCAAAUCCGGUGGCCUGGAACUCGUGAGGGCCUUGUUGUACCACGGUGCAGACUCCAUCUUCCCGAACGGUGUUGGAAUCACAGCCGAUGUGACGGCUUACGCGAAUGGCCACACUGAAAUCGGCAAACUCAUCGCCAGUAUAAGCCCGGAUCGAUUCUCGCGUCUCCGUGGGCAGUUUGAGCCUCUCACGAACAAACCGCGAAUCAAGUUGAAACUGUUCGGCUCAUCUAUGUCGGGCAAAUCAGCGCUAUACGGACUGAUCCAGGCGAAAGCGAAGGUCGUGCUCAUCGCCACGCACGCCGACGAAGUGGACUGUUCCCGAGAUGGCGAAGGCUACCUCUACCACGGUGGUGCUGCAAGGAUUCUACAGGACUGUCGGAGACAGUUCAAUGAAAUACCUGCCCUUAGGUACAAACUGGACAUACAACCAGAACUUCACGUACUGGAUGUUAACUCGCCUAACAGCCUGGAAAUGAAGUUUCUGAGGUCUCAGCUACUCAAACUGAGGGAUCAAGUGCUAUUGGAGCUACCAACGGUUGCUGCGAUAACGGAGGUGAUCUCAAAUCGCUUGGAGGAGUGGAACAGGUCACAAUUUGCCCCAAUUAUGUACUGGCCUGAAUUCAUCCACCUCGUUCAAACACAAAUUAAUCCUCUGUGUACGGAGGCUGUGCUGCGAGAGGUCGUGCAAUUUCACCAAUACACUGGCGACUUGAUAGUCCUCGAAUCCGAGGAGGACAAUGACCUGAUCAUCCUUAACCCCUCGUGGGUCCUGGUAGAGGCAGUGGGAAAUCUCUUCUCCCAGGACAGCAUUCGACAUGCCCGAGUAACCGGCAGCUUCACUAGCGACGACCUCCACUUCCUCAUCACCGAGAGCGACAUCAACGCGGUUGUCAGCGUGUUGACCGCCCUGGAAUGCUGCACAGUGUGUCCGGCGUCGGAGACAGCAGACGACGACAGUCCACGCCAGUCGGAACAACGCAAGCGCUCCAUCCAGUGCUUCUACGAGAAUGCCGUCGCUGGCACUGCCAUAGAAACAGCCCACAACGAGGAGGCACAGCUAGAGAUACCGCGACUCAACCUUGUGCAAGAUCUCGACAGCGCUGACUGGGGCGAGUGCGGUGACGACGCCAGACGGACGGGCGUGCAAUUCAGGAGUCCUGGUGCCCAGCUACUCCACGUGUUCCCUCGAAUCCAGUGUCGACUUAGAAAGGCUGUCACGCGGAUCGCUGAAGACGAGGCGCUGGAGGCGUCAGAGCUCGUACAGUGGCUCCACGGCAGCAAACUCUCCUUCAACCACGGCCUCAUCAAUGUCUACUUGACUUGCGACGAGGUUGAUGAGGCAAUUGAGGUGAAAUUGGAAACGCACAGGAGCCAAACUCUCACGGCAUUCAACUGCUUCCACGACACCGUCGCGUUGGUUCGUGGAGCUCUGGACCAAAUCGUCCCCCAACUCCCCGUCUCA